AUGCGUGAUGAAGUUGCUAAAGUAUUACAAUGCCUCAAGCCACCUGAUGAGCAUGACCUACGUAAUAACCUAGUUCUUGGUCAAUAUACAGGUUCUGACGUGCGCGGAGAGUUCCUGCAAGGUUACCGCGAAGAACCAGGCGUAGCUGAAGACUCUCGUAAACGCCUACCGACUCGUGUAACUGAAGUUGUUAUUCACUGCAAGCGCACUCCUCACCCAGUCUUUGGUUUAGAUGCGCCAGAAAACAAACUAAUUAUUCGUAUUCAGCCAGACGAAGGCAUUCAAAUGAGCUUUGGUUUGAAAGAACCAGGAGCUGGUUUUAAAGCAAAAGAAGUGAAAAUGAACUUCCACUAUGCGUCUCUUGAAGAAACGCAGAUGCUGACUGCAUACGAAAGACUGCUUCAUGACGCGUUAAAUGGCGAUGCGACACUGUUUGCACGUACUGAUGCCGUUGAAGCAUGCUGA